AUGUGACAUUACAUAACCAGGCUCCAGCUCAAUUCAAGGAAAGUCGGUUGCGCUGUUCAGGCAUUUGACGACGGGAAAAGCAACGAAUAAACCACGCUGAAGGUGCAGGGAUCAGCAAAAUGAAUUUCCUCCUGGAAACCCUUCAAGUGAUUGUAAUGUCGAUCUAUUACAACAUGGAGGCGUUUGUCCGACUGUUCAUCCCUCCCAAGAACAAAAAUGUCACCGGUGAAAUCGUCCUCAUCACUGGGGCGGGCAGCGGCAUUGGCCGGCUCAUGGCUGAGAAGUUUGCCCCCCUGGGCGUUUCUCUGGUCUUGUGGGACAUCAACCAGGAGGGCAUCAAGGAGACGUCAAGGCUAGUGAAGGAGAAGGGGGCGACUAAGGUCCACUACUACUUGUGUGACUGCAGUGACAAGGCCGACGUCUACAGAGUGGCUGACAAGGUCAAGAGAGAGGUGGGGGAUGUAAGCAUUCUCAUAAACAACGCAGGCAUCGUCACGGGCAGGAAGUUCAUGGAUGCACCAGACUCCCUCAUUGAGAAAACCUUUGAAGUUAACACCAUGGCACACUUUUGGACAUAUAAAGCCUUUCUCCCAGCGAUGACUGCCAACAACCACGGUCAUCUGGUCAGCAUUGCCAGUUCAGCUGGUCUGAUUGGUGUCAAUGGGCUAGCAGAUUACUGUGCCAGUAAGUUUGCUGCUAUUGGCUUUGCUGAGUCUGUGGCUCUGGAGCUGCUGGCUACUGGGAAGGAUGGAGUCAAGACUACCAUAGUGUGUCCAUUCUUCAUCAAUACUGGCAUGUUCGAUGGCUGCAAUACUAAGUGGCCUCUCUUGUUGCCCAUCCUGGAUCCAGACUACGUAGCAAACAAGAUCAUUGAAGCCAUUUUAACUGACCAGGCCUACCUUCUGCUCCCAAAGACCAUGUAUCUUGUCAUAUGCCUGAAGAACUCCUUGAGGUGGAAGCAGGCAGCUCUCCUGGGGAAGUAUCUGGGUGCCUUCGAGAACCCAGAGCACUGUGAGACAACAAGCCUUAAGCUGCACUGAUCUUCACUUGAGCCCCUUGCACUCUGACCCUCGUUUAAACCAUGCCUAUGGUCAACAAACUCACACACCCUCAGGGUGUGAAUUGUGUUUUCUGUAACAUACGAAGCCAUUCGUGCAUCAGCAUCACUGGCUACCGAUAGCAAAAUGUAGAUUUAACGGUUAUGUCUACAUUUCACACUGUUAAGAGAGAGCACCGAGGUGAUUUCUGUUAGCAUAACAUUUACAUUAUCCAACAGCUUGAGGUAAAUUGUCAGCAUUACAUUUUCAGAGGUAUCAGGGAAUUCAAUCUGCAUAGUGUUACUGCAUUAUCACUAGUAUUGAAGGUACAUUCUGUCACUUUAUUUGUGAAACAAAGACCUCACCCAAAGCCCUGUAGAAGGAUUGUACAUGUGCAUUGAUUAAUUUGCAUACAGAUACAUAUUUUAGGGAACUAGUGAGAAUGAGGGAGUUUGUUUUUGACUAGUGCAUUACGAAGAUCUGUCAAAGCUGUUUGAAUGUUUCACUUGGGCCUAAUGCCAUUGUUAAAGAGGCAUUGUGCAUUAAUUAAAUACCUGUUACAGUAUGUAGAAAUGCACUUUUGUGGUUGGGUGUAUCUUCAACUUUUUAUAUGGCCAUAAUUGUAAAUCCCAUCGGGAUAUGUGACUACUUCAAGUAUUAUAAUAAAAAACGUGUUUUUGUAAGA